AAAAGGGAAGCAAGGCAUGACUGUCAAAUCUACUUAUUCUUGCAUAUCUUCGACUUCUUCUCUCUCUCUCUCUCUUGUUUCUCUCUCUUCUUCUUCUUAUAUUACGAGGCCUCGCGUCUCUUUUGUAUUCAUCGCCCUUUUCCUUUAUCAAAUCGGCGAUCUCUUCCCCUUUUUCCUCGGCUUCUGAAUCCUUUUAGGCGUGCGGAUUUUAAGAGAAAAUGCUCUGAGACUAAAGUCUCUCAAGCUGCAAUGCCAAAUAUUGUAUCUGUCUGAAAGUUAAAAAGGUUUAACUUUGGUGGAAGUUGGGGCUCAAAAAUGGAGGGGGAUGCAUACUCAGGCCCUGGUAAUGGAGCCCAAGUAGAUGGUAAAGUCCUCCAGACCUUUCAAAAGAGCUUUGUUCAAGUUCAAAACAUCUUAGACCAGAACAGGCUUCUGAUCAAUGAGAUCAACCAAAACCAUGAGUCGAAGAUCCCCGAUAAUUUGAGUCGAAAUGUGGGUCUCAUCAGAGAACUCAAUAGCAAUAUAAGGAGAGUUGUGGAUUUAUAUGCCGACCUCUCGAGUUCUUUCACCAAAUCCAUGGAUGCUUCUUCUGAGGGGGACUCAGCUGGUACCCUUAAAUCUGAUGGCAAAGCCUCUAAUGCUUCUGGUCAAAAGAGAAUCAGGCCAGGCUAGUUCAAGUUUUUGCAGUAUUAGAGCUUCAUUGAACAAUUUCGAAUUGUGCUAAUUCUUUGACAAAAGAGGAAGAAUCUCUCUCUCCCUCUCUCUCUCUCUCUCUCUCUCUCUCUCUCUCUCUCUCUCUCAGUCUAUAUAUAUGUAUUAAUGUCUGUAAGCCUGUUUCAAGGUUUACUAGUGAAAAUUAGGCCACUGAAAUUGGGCUUUGAGGUUAUGUAAUUCUGUAUGAGUAGAGAACUAGAGUUAUGGAACUUUGGAUGUUCAAUCUUCAUCUCUCUGAUUGUCUCAUAAGCAGCAUCUUAUGAUGUUUCAUGAAAAUCAUGGAAAAUGAUCAACUUGUAAUCUUGGAUCACUGAUGGGUUGAAACC